GAAAAGUGUUCAAUAAGUUAUUAACCGAAGGCAAGUAGUAGGUGAAACUAUUUUUAAUCUAAGUGUGAAAUACAAGUAAUACCGUAACAACCGAGGCUCUAGCCCGUGGUCAAUGAAACAACGGGCAAUUAAAGUUCCCUGGAUGAACACUAGAAGUGACCGCCUUCCAGUACAUAUUGCACCCCAUGUAAACAUUCCUGGUGUUAUUCUUGUAUGGCACCUAUGAAUGAAAACAGAUUGCUUCGAUCCCAACUCUGCCUUCUUACACGCAUUUUUAAAAUCAAAGUUAUGGGUAACACUUUGUGUAACUGUUUUGAAGCACUAUUUCGACGUAAAAACACGUCUACCGAAUACAAUGCUUAUACUAUAGAAAAUACUCUAAAGCAACUUAUUAAUAAAUUGCUUAAAGAGCAAGACGUUCACCAGAUUGUAAAGGAUAAUAUUCUAAAAGUAUUACACAUUUAUGGAAUUGAGACUGAAAAAUUAAAGAAACAAGAAAAAAAUCAGAUAAGACUAUUACUGAACUCAGCAUAUAAGGAAUUUGCACGUUUGGAAGUAAAAAAUAUCCAUUUGCGACAAACAGCAGGUAUAGAUUUUCGUACAACUAAAGAAGAUUUAUUUAAAAUCGAGGAUGAAGUGAAACGUAAAAAAAUAAGCAAAAGUGAAUUUGGAAAUAAACUGCAAUUGGUUAUAGCCUCUAUUCAGAAACUUGACACUAACCCAAGGAUCGCAAUACCAAAAGAGACAAAAGAAGAUAUCGCUUUUUUGAUUUUGCACUUAUACAUCCAUAGUACAUCAGCGAACAGGACCAUUGGUGGAAAACAAGAAAAUAGGACGACAACACGUAAUUUAAAUGCUCAAACAAGUAGCCGAAACUUGACCAACAAGAAAACAAAAAUACAAAGGGCAGAUGUAAAUCUAAAAUGUGGCAGUCAAACUUCAGUUUCGGAACGGCAGCCUUUAAAACAACCCGAGGAGAUUUUAAAUGAAAAAAGCAAACCUUCGCAAAACAGCAUAAUAAUUGGGACAUCGACUACAAAUGUCUCAAUGCAGCAACAGACAGAAAAGUAUUGGGCAAACAUGAACACAAAAGAAGAUUUUAUGGGAGAACACCACGCAAACAAACCUUUUCUGGGUUUUAGUCAAGAAUCUGGUUAUUAUGGAAAAAAAAGCAACACCAGUUCACUGGAAAACAAUACAAAAAAUAUACCAGAAGAAGAAGCAAAAAACAACACCCAAAAUGGUGUGUUGGAUGCUAAUAGAAUAAACGACUAUUUAGCCUCACUAGGAUACAUAGAAGUUGAGAUUUACGAUAUUUUUGCAUCACGGACUGACCAGACCAUAAAGAUAGAAAAACUGGAAUCUUUGAGGAAAAAAGUCCACGAUUUCAAUAGCACUAAUGCUGAGGUUCGCGCUCAAAAAGAAGAGCUUUUUGAAAAUAUUGACAGCAAAGUUCAUGCGAUAAGGGAGAGCAUUGAGAAACAUAACUUUAUAAAUAAAGAAACAAAAUCUAAUAAUACAGAAGCUUAUACAAGCAACUUUAAUCAGAAAGGUACGGUGAAGAAAGAAUCGAGGCGAUUUGACUAUAACAAUUCACAACAACAAGUGCCUACUUUGGGUCGCCCAGAAGAGCAAUUACAAGCAACCUUCGUAAACAUAAAUGAUUUAGACCAAAUCGGAAAAAAGGGUAACAACGCAGAAGUUUGGUUCCUGCAAAAGCGACAGGACCACGGAAACCAAAGAAAUGUAAUGGAAAAGCUUUCAACUCAAGAAAUUAAAAUUGACUUUAGUCAUUUUGAGGGGCACCAAUCUACAGAUAAAUUAGCAAGCUUUAAUAUUGAAAUUGAAAGAAAAAACAAUUCUGCAUGUACCUGCUUGGAAGAGCUUGAGCCAAAGUCUAUGUUCACAGAAAUGCCAGACAAUAGGAAGACAGUUAAGGAUACGUUUGAUAAUAUCUCACCGACGUACCAAACAGAAAUAAAUAAUGUUAAAAAGAGGAACGUAGAGGAAACUUUUUCAAUACAGGAGGAUGUAGCAAAAAAGCUACAAAAUUCUGGUAUCAAAUGUUCAGCAGAACUAAUCCCGUCCCAAAUUCAGAACGAUGGCUCACAUCCUGAAGAUAGAUUAAAAAAUUGUUCAAUUAUGCUUGGCAAUACACUGGGAUAUUUAAACGAACUUACAGCUCCUGCAAAAAAAUUGCAAACUUCUAAUAAAGAAGACGUGUUCGAAUUGAAAAAAAAUGUGAACUAUUUAACGGACAUUCGUCCUGAAAACAUCUGCGACGAAUUUCCACCAAUCGUUGCGAUUUGUAACACAGAUACACACCUAAAAAAUGUACAAAACGAUUUUAAAAUUAUAAAUGCAGAACAAAUUUAUACAGCCCGAAGAAUUGAACAAGAAACUGUUACAAACAAUUACAAUGAAUUUAAUACAAUGGAACAAGAACCGUGCCAACUAGAUUGUACAAAUUCAAAACAAUCGUCUGCAUCCUUGCAUAGUCAAAAAGAACAAUUAAAACCGGCACCUCUUUGCAAACAUGAUUUCGACGAAGCACAAGCAAUUUGUGAAAAUUCAAAAACUCAUGAAAAGAAGAGCAAUAACGCAGCAGUGCAAUCUCCACAAAGGAAUAUAACGGGACCAAUUUCAAGAAAAGAACUAGAAAAUACUUUUGAAGCGCAGCAGCCUACUGAUAAAACAGAAAUAUUUAAAGUUGAAGGUGAAAAAUUCAACAACCAGUUAGAAAUGUAUCAAGAACAAACGCAAAUCAAGGAUGAAGCCAGAGACGUUACAAAUUUUGAACAGGACUAUACUACAAGGACAGACACACUACGGACGAAAAUAAUUAUGCAAGAAUCUGACCACAUCUCAUCAACUUUCUCAAAAAAAUUAAAGCCUUCUAAAAUCAGUAUUGCACAAGAAAAUAUUUCAAGCAGGAAAAUUUCUGGUGAGCUAAUUCUGUCAGAAAUGCUGACUGAAAAUUCGCCAGCUGAAGAAACAUUGGAAAAUUAUCAAAAUGAUAUCGACCGUGUGGUAGAAAACUUAAAGCAAUUUGCAACUAACCAAGAAACUACUCGACUGGAACGUAAAAAUUCAAACAAACCACUUUGUGUUUUGCAUAGCCAAAAAGAACAACUGCAGUCCACAACUACUGGACAUGAAAACCAUUUCCAGAAAUUAGGUGAAACCUAUAGACAUUUUGAAGUUGAUGAUACAAGGAUCAACAACGUAGCAAUUCAGUCACAGCACCACAAUAACAAGAAUUAUGUAAAAGCCAAAUUCUCAACAGAGAAAACAAGAGAUGCGUGUCACUCCUAUAAAACGCAACAAUUUAUAGACGAAUUAGUACCAUUUAAAGCUGAAGACGAACCACCAGACAGCUGUGGUACUAACUACUCGGAAGUUCAACAAGAACAAAUCCAGGUUAACGCUGCUGUAAAUCUUGAACCACUUGUUAUUAUGGACACAGAAACGUCAGCGAAGAAGGUAUCUAGAAGUAAAUCUGACCAUAGUUCACCGGCUUGUCCAAUAGAAGCAAAACGUAUUAAAAUGGGUGAAACCUAUGAAAAUUUGUCAUUAAGUGAAGACGUAACAAAUGAGCAACAAGACCUUGUUAGCAACCAUUCUGAGGAGCUAAUUAUGCAGAAAGAACACGUGCAAACGGAAGAUAAAUUCGAACAUUUCCAAAUUAUUAUUGACAAUGUCACAGAAGAGCUGAACAAAUAUGCAGAUAUAAUAAAAAACUUACAACCUGUUAACGAAAUAAUUUUGUUAGAAUUGGAACAAAAUAUAAACGAUUUGAUUAACUGUCGUCUGGAAAGUAUCUCUGAGGAAUAUCCAGAAAUUAUUCAACAAAAAGAAUUGAUUUACAACAAAGGACUGGAUCUAAAAUUUAAGCUAAACAAAUUUAAAGAAGGGAGAAUAAUAUGCAACAAUCAAAUGAGUUUAUUAAAAGAAUGCGAAACUGAAAUUAUGCAAAUUGCGCACUUGCGUGAUAACUUUAUAGUAAAAAAAGAAAAACUGGAUGAUGUUAGAAAAAACAUUGACCGAAUCGAGAGUAAUACUCCUGAAGUAAACAAUCAAAAAACAUUGAUUUUGAACAAAUUAAAGGGAAUUAGUUUACUGGAAUCAACAGGUUAUCUAAGACAGUGCUCUGAAUCUGUUAACACUGAAAUCUUAAACGCAGAACAAUUUCCAUUUCCAAAGAGAACUAACAACUUUGAGUCCAGGCGUCAAAAAAUUCGAGGGUUAAAAUCUAAUCUGGGCGAGCUUCCUAAAGAAUAUCCGCAUAUUGGAGCACAUGUUGAACUUCUGGAGAAAGAUGUAGAUCAAGCUGUGAGAAUCUUAGAGGACACUGCUAGCUACAAUGAAAAUGUGUUUCUUAGACUGGAAUCUUUAGAGAAAACAAAACAGGCUAUUACUGAAAUUCAGAAUGCAGAAAAUAUUCAAAUAGAGGAUAAACUAGAACAAUUAAACACCCAUCUCAAAGAAAUGGAUUUUCGUGAUGAAGAUAAUCACCAGAAAAUACAAUUAAAGAAAAAAGAAAUUCAUCACUUGAUGCAGACUUUUCAAACAACCGAUUUUACAAAUCAUGAGAUCUCUCUAGAAGUUAAAAAUCAACUGAAUGAAUAUGAAAACGAAAUAUUGGAUUCGAAUUCUCUUAUUUCUCUCGAGGAAUAUCAAAGCAAAAUAUACGAAAUUUCACAAUUGGUCCAUACAUUUAAGGGUGCUUUCACCAGAAAUCAUAAUCCAAUUGCACUUACAUUCUCUGUAAGGUGUGACAUAGUACUGGAGCUUUUAGAGAAGAAAUUCAAACAAAAUGAGCAUAUUCGUAAAUCUCAGGAAUGUUUGGAAAAAAUUGAAAGGAGAAUUAUUACCAACAAAAAGUUGGCUACUGCAAUACGUAAACAGUACCUGGAUGAAGAUGAAUGCGUACUUCGUUCAAUGAAGAAAUCUUUACAUAACCGUGAAAUCACGAAUAUUAUAAAAGAUUUGGAAAGUAAAAUCAAAGUAGAAAAGUGUAAGCUUGAAUUAAUCGACAAGAGAACUUAUUUAAAUAAUCUUAAGGAAGACGUUAUGCAACUACCUUUUCCUGUGCCUUGUACUAAAUUUAAGAAAUAUAUGGAUCAAUUGCUUUGUUGGAAACAAUAUGUCGAUGCAAUGCCUCAGGGAGACUCAGAACUAGAUUCCCAAAAGCAAGAAUUUUUACUAGAACUUAAUAUUUGUUUAGGACAUUUAGAUGACUACGUGGCAAAAUUAGUAACCAGCAAGAAGCAGUCUGAAAAAAUUUUGGAAUUGGAGAGUUAUUUUGAUUUCAAAUUGGAUUCUUCCAAAGUUUCAAGAAAUUGUGUCGAGUUUGUUAAAGAAAUCAAGGAAAAGGCGUGGUCUUUUGACGAAAGUGUUAAAUACUACCUAGGUUCAAAAUAUUCCAUUGAUUAUUACAUUAUUCACGAAAAUUUGCUGCGAUUGCUACAAGAACUUCACAAAGUGGUUUGCGAAGACGAUGAUGAACAAUUGCUCGACGAACUUAUAGAAACUAUGAAUUAUGUAAAGGGGUUAAUUCGGUUACUGGAUUCUAAUGCCACCGAUAAGUGAACAACUUAAAUUAACGAGGAGGUUAAGUAUUAAAGAGAUCGCUAUAUUAAUUAUUAUAAUUCUAUAAAUAUGUAUCGCCUAACUAAUUUUUCUUUGUUAAUAAACAUGUAGGUACAUUUGA